AUGCAUUUACCUCAGGCCAUGCGCCAGCCUCGCCAUGCCACGCCGCCACUUCCAUUGCUGGUGUUGCUGCUGAUUUACUGCACCAUUGGGUGUAUUGCCGCUGCACCCGCUCUGCAGCACCGCCGGGGAUAUGACGAGAUGAUGGGGAGGAGCGGCCCACUGCCGACUGUGACAGUAGCACCGCGGGCUUCCACAACAACUCUAAUCUUUGGCAUCUUCGUGUCAAUUGUGCAGCCGCGGCUGCGAUGGUGGCCGGGCCUGCAUGAAAUGGUGUGUGCUGGAGGGGAGAGAAGGCUAGUGGAAAAUAGAUUGUUCUUCUGA